GUCGACCAUCCAUUGGCUGUAGAGAUGCGGCGAGUUCAAAACAUCUUGUUCCCUUGAAGUAAGAAACAGAAGGGAAAUAUAUUUCAUUAGCACAUUUUGACAUCUUAAUUAAUAACAAAGUGGUGCAGAGGUUUGAUAUCUUGCUGAUGUCACUGACAGAGUUUAACUUGGUGCGACUAGAAGACAUCACAGCCUUCGGCAUAUUCUAUAUCUUGACAGUUUAACUUUAAGUGCUGAAGACUCCGGUUCCAGUCUUCAGACGUAAACCUUCAAAUUUUCCAUGGAGAAAGUUAUACCAGUUAGAGUGGCACUGCGAUGUCGGCCGCUGAUACCGAGGGAGGUGACUGAAGGGUGUCAGCUAUGUGUCCGGUUCACACCAAACGAGCCGCAGAUAGUGCUCGGAGUUGACAAAGCGUUUACUUACGACUUCGUCUACUCUCAAAUACACUCUCAGGUUGCGGUAUAUGAGGCUGUGCAGCCAUUGAUUGGAAGCAUUAUGAAAGGCUGCAAUGCUACAGUCCUGGCAUACGGUCAGACUGGCAGUGGGAAGACGUACACAAUGGGUGGGUGUUUUUGCGCCUGCUCUGCACAAGAGGAAGAUGAAAACGAGUUGGGUGUUAUUCCUCGCGUGCUGCGUGAUCUCUUCUCCAGCAUCGACAAGCAAGCUGAGGAAAAACUGUUCACAGUGAAGGUUUCUUACCUUGAGAUCCACAAUGAGGACCUGCACGAUCUCCUCUGUCCUCCUGCUAAGCGUGAAUCUCUCUCCAUUAGAGAGGAACUUCAGGGAGCGAUCAAGAUUCAAGGCCUGAGAGAGGUUCUAGUUACCAGUUACGAGGAAACUCUUCGUUGUUUUGCUCACGGAUCAAUGGGAAGAACAACAGGUGCCACGGCCAUGAACAACACGUCCAGUCGAUCACAUGCCAUCUUCACUAUUCACAUAGAACAGACAAGCAAGACUGAUGGAAUGGACAUUGUGCGAUCCAAGUUUCACCUAGUUGAUCUUGCUGGUUCGGAAAGAGCAAAACGCACACAAGCUGAAGGAGAAAGAUUCAAAGAAGGUAUCAAUAUUAACAAAGGACUUCUCGCUCUCGGAAACGUCAUCAGUGCUCUAGGGGAUGAGACACAAAAGCGCAGUCACAUUCCCUAUCGUGAUUCCAAACUGACCAGACUCCUGCAAGAUUCUCUUGGUGGUAACAGUGACACACUAAUGAUUGCGUGUGUGAGUCCAGCGGAUACAAAUUUGGAAGAAACACUUAACACACUGCGUUACGCUGACAGAGCGAGGAAAAUAAAAAAUAAACCCAUUAUCAAUCGAGAUCCACAAACUGCAGAAAUAAUGAGGCUGAAAUCACUCGUUCAAGAGUUGCAGGUUCAGCUUAUUCAAGGAGGUGGCACGGAAGGACUGGUGGGUGGUACUGUACUGCAGGAUUUGGCCAACAGUAAUUACAACUCAUCAAAUGAAAAAACAUGGUUAAACAAACUGAAAGCUUUAGAGGAUGAAAAUAUGGAGUUAUCUCAAGAACUUCAGCUAUCUGUGGAACAGAACACCAAAAGUUUAGAACGGGCCAUUCAGCUGGAGUUAGUGCGUGACAAACUGAAAGGAAAACUUCAAGAAUUUAAAACACAAACAGGAGUGGACUUUGAGUUGUUAAGCACAAGCAUUGAUCCCGAGAUAAACCCCAAUGUGAAAGAAGAGUUGGAAAAACUCAGGAAGUUAGCUGAAACUCUAAGGUCUCAAUCUGAUGAUGAGAAAGAUGAUAAUCUGUUCUAUGCUGCAUCUGAUGACAUAGAAGAGGAGGAUCGAGAGAACAUUGUUUACACCCCAGACACACGUGCGAUAUCCAACCAGUAUGUGUUACGCCAGGCUCAAAUGGGACGUGAGUUGGAGGAACUUAACAGGUUGCUGGCUCGUAAGGAGGAACUGGCCAAUCAGAUGACUCAUAAUGACAGCAAGAUGGACUCCAUGAGAGAACAGUAUGAAUUACUUGCACAGCAAACGGUGAAGGACAUGGAAAGUAAAGUGGCUGAGUUACAGCAUGAAAAGGAGAAGAUGAGUCAGGCCCUGAUAGACGCACGGACAAAUUCAGCCGCUUCCAAAGUCAGUGAACAACGACGCAAACGACUUCAGGAACUAGAAAACCAGAUAUCUAGUUUUAGGAAGAAAAUAAACGAGCAGAACAAGAUGUUGAAGAUGAAAGACCAGUCUGAGAAACAGGUCUACAAGCUCAAUGCAGACAUUCAGUCGAUGAAACAGCAGCGUGUGAAGUUGAUGAAGCAGAUGAAGGAGGAUGCGGAACAGUUCCGCAAGUGGAAGCAGCAGAAAGACAAAGAGGUCCUACAGCUACAGCAGAAGGGCAGGAAGCAGCAGUUUGAGAUUCAAAAGAUGCAGAAAAGUCAAGAAAAGCAACAGCUUGUGCUGAGAAGAAAGACAGAGGAGGCUGCAGCAGCCAACAAACGACUAAAAGACGCACUUGCAAGACAAAGGGCUGUCAUGGAAGAAAGAAGUCAGAAACUUGACAAAUAUGACAGCACAUCUAUUGGAAAAAGAGUUAGGUCCUGGCUAAGUCACGAACUGGACGUGCGUGUCGGGAUCAGUGAAGCAAAAUAUCAUCUGAGCAGUCUGUUGAGUGAUAGGAAACUUCUCACCAGUCAGGUGACGGCACUCAAAAGUGCUCAGAAGAAUUCAAUGGAAGACAAAUCAUUUGAUGAAAAGCAACAACAGAAAGAAAUUAAGACAUUAGAAAAUGAAAUUGAACUUAGAAAUGUCCAGAUUGCUGAUAUCCAACAGAAGAUUGUUGAUGCAGAUCAAGACAGUAAAGGCAAAUCUACAUGGGAAAGUUUACAUACAAUGACUGAGGCAAAGAUUGCACUGAAGUGGCUUUUAGAUCAGGCUGUGACUGCUAAAGCAGAUGUUUCAGUCACCCGAUCUGAACUGAAGGAAGCCCAUGAGGUAAAUACAGACACCAGCCACUCGGCAGAACUACUCGAGGAAGAUAUAAAGACUCUUAAACAGCAGCAUGAGACGGAAAUAACAACCAUGCAGAAAGAGCACGAAGAGAAGAUUUUGUACCUGUUGUGUCAGUUAAAUGCAGACAGUGAGAAGAUUAACACUUCACUUGAUGAAGAAGUUAAAAAGAAGCUCAAGUUCCAGGAAAUGGAGAUUGAAAAAUUCAGCAAUCUUCAUGAGCAGCUGACAAAGAAAACUGAAGAAAAUGAAACCCUGAAAAAGCAACUGACACGAGCAAUGUAUCAAGGAAAGAAGAUGGCCUUGAUGCCAAGUAUAAUGGAACCUGGCACGUCACCGUUUCUCUCCCCGGUCCCCAAGCCUACUAGAAAACCGAAGACGAAACCAAAGGAAAAGGAGGAAGUGAUAACACUGGAAGAGCUGUUUGAGGACUGGGAUGACGAACCGAGUGCUGGGGACAGCGACUCUGACUGGCAGCCUACUCCGAAAUUUAAACGACACAAACCAAAAAUAGCAAAGAGGAUUUCUUCAGUGCCCAGUAGUGAAAACAGUAGCAUGAACAGUACAUUCUCAGUGGAUGAUGAAAAAGCAAAUGCAGCUGCAUUAAAAACUAAACAACGAAGAAGAACAAAGGUAGUGUUAAAAGAACUUGGAAAUGACGUCGUUAGGAGCUCAGAUGAGUUUCAGAAGCCGUUAGUGAAUGAAAGAAGAAAACGCAGCAGCCAGGGAAGACCGAAGAGUGAAAGUGGCGAGUUGGAAAAGUCAUCGGACAAUGAUUCUCAGAAAGUGAACAGCCAGGAAAAAGUUACGGAAAUUGAUCAUAAGUCUGUGUUGAAAGGUGGCAUUAAGAAACGGAGGCUUCACGACUCCAACAGAUCCAGUCUUUUCUCACCACUGACUUAAUUAUGUAUCCCAGAUUGAAGGGAUGUUAUUACCAGCAUCAAUAAUGAGGUGCAUUCAGAAUGUUGCGAGCUCAAGUUACAUCUACUGGAGCAAUGUAAAAUAUUUGCAUAAACAUUUUUCAAUGUGGUCAUUUUGUACCUCGGUACAUUUGAUCCAGUGCUGCUUUAAGUUUGCUAUCCAGUCAUGAUCGAAGAGGACUCUAAAAACAUCUUCAACAAAAGCAAUGGAGCAAAUUAGUUUUUCUCCAUAAUUCACCUUAAAGUUGAGAUAGGUGGUGAAAUAACUACGUCAACAAGAGGAAUAUGAGUUGUGAGUUCGGCCUCACUGUCAACCAUGAGCAUGAUUCCCUCUUGAUCAUUUCAUAACAUUGACAAACAUUUUGUCCGAUCUGCUUUGUAAGCCCCAUUAAUCAUAGUGCCUGUAUGAAUGUAACUGCAUCUUUUUGAACUCUGUAUGUCCAAAAUUGAAAACCGUGAUAUGGUACAUUCCUGUAAUAUCACCAUUGGUUUUAUUACAUGAAAACUCGUUUUAUAUGGAACAUGGAUAUGCUAAGGGUAUUUUUAAUGCCCCCAGUCCAGUUUAUACAAUUUUUAUCCAAUAUAUACAAUUUUGAUGUUAAAUUAAGUCAUUAGGUGUCCACACACACACACACACCCCCCCCCCCCCCCCAGCCCCCACCCUGUUUAUUCUCUUGGUUUAAAACAUUUAAAAAAGAAAUUAAAUACACAGUAGUGAUACUCCUACAAUGCUUACACUAAGUUGCUUGGAGUUUGCAUCAUAAGCUUAUGAACAGUCACAAAUAUAAGUAAUAACAGCCAAAAAUAUUGGAUGAUAACAGACAUUUGAUUUUAAGAGUUGGCAUUUCUGCUUUUAUGAUACCAGUGCAUCAUCAUUCAUGUGUACACAUUAAUUUAUUAUGCCAUCAUCACUCUGGUCUGCAUUUAUCAUUUUGGAUUUGGACUGCAGUAUCAAUAUAGGUGCAGCUAUUGCAAUAAUACACAGUGUUAUAUUAUUUGUAUCCAGAGUAUAUGGUAGGAUUGAUUCCUCUCCAUGGUCCCUAUCAAGCUGUAUCAGUCCGAUCAGUACUCCACGUCUGAUACACCACAGACUGGCAUUGAUUGGGCCAAAUCUAGCCUGUCUGAAGGGACCAAUUUCAAUACUCCCUUACAUGUCAGUUUGACUGUUCAUAUGUUAUGCCAGGACUAUAAACACCAUGUCAAUAUCUGGUUUACUUUGGAAUACUUGGGUUUCAUGAAAUUAAACACGUUUUUAUAAUUCAAGCAUCUAGUGUAAAUAAACUUCAUCAUUGGUGCACAUAUUUGUAUUUGAUUUUGAAGGCCAUGGUCAAUUCCAGGAAUAUAUUUAUAGUGGUCAUCAGAUGGGUUUUUUUAAAGCAUACAGUCUUAAUACUCACGCAGACAAGUUGACACAUCUCGCAACAUCACACUUGCACCACAUAUUUAAAUUUAAUGCACCACCAAAUUUAAUGCAAGUCGUACCAGCUCUGAUGAUUCCACAUACAAUUUCCAAAGUAGCUUUUUUUAUGUAGUGGUUGGUCCAUCAGGCUAUUUCUCAUUCCAGCUAGUGCACCACAACUGAUAUAUCGAAAGUCAUGGUAUGUGCUAUCCUGUCUGUGGGAUGGUGCAUGUAAAAGAUCCCUUGCUACUAAUGGAAAAAUGUGGGU